AUGGGCCAUGUCCCAGGGGUGGUGGAGCAGCCACCGGAAUGUGACAAUCUGUGGUGGGACGCCUUCACCACAGAGUUCUUCGAGGAUGAUGCCAUGUUAACAAUCACUUUCUGCUUGGAGGAUGGACCAAAGAGAUACACGAUCGGCCGGACUCUGAUUCCCCGUUACUUCCGCAGCAUCUUUGAAGGAGGGGCCACAGAGCUCUACUACGUGCUCAAGCACCCCAAGGAGUCCUUCCACAACAACUUCGUCUCGCUGGACUGCGACCAGUGCACCAUGGUCACCCAGCACGGCAAGCCCAUGUUCACCCAGGUGUGUGUGGAGGGGCGGCUCUACCUGGAGUUCAUGUUUGACGACAUGAUGAGGAUAAAGACGUGGCAUUUCAGCAUCCGCCAGCAUCGAGAGCUCAUCCCCCGCAGCAUCCUUGCCAUGCAUGCACAGGACCCCCAGAUGCUGGACCAGUUAUCCAAGAACAUCACCCGCUGUGGGCUCUCAAACUCCACACUCAACUACCUCCGACUCUGUGUAAUCCUAGAACCAAUGCAGGAGCUCAUGUCACGACACAAGACCUACAGCCUCAGUCCCCGGGACUGCCUCAAGACUUGCCUCUUCCAGAAGUGGCAGCGGAUGGUCGCGCCAGCGGAGCCAGCGCGGCAGCAGCCCAGCAAGCGCCGGAAAAGGAAGAUGUCGGGGGGCAGCACCAUGAGCUCGGGCGGGGGAAACACCAACAACAGCAACAGCAAGAAGAAGAGCCCGGCCAGCACCUUUGCCCUGUCCAGUCAGCCCCUGCUCGACAGCCGCUUGCAGGCGAAUGUGUGGCUGGCAAACAAUGCAAUGGCUUCGUGGCCUUGUUCGUAUCGCGCACAUAUCGGGGUACAAUCACACGGCGAUGUGUGCCGGCAUGGCUUGUAA